AUAUUUUGUGACAGGUAAAAAAGUGGACCCGUCCAUAUGAAUGAAGUGUCUGUCAACCAAUCAGAAUGGCCCGUUCUGCAGUGAAUUGUGUAUCAAUUGAGGUAAUGUCACCAAGUAGUGUGUAUUGAAUGUGUACUGUUCAUGGGUUGUGAGUAUUGCAAAUCGAACAUGGAAACUUUUAAAAGUUUUUUAGUGAUCACAGUUGUUAUUUUAUGUUUUGGAGUUGCAGUCAUUACAGGACAAAAUGGUUUAUUAAGCGCCAGGUGUGCAGCUAGAUGUUUGACAGAACACAAGGACAGAAUAAGAAAGACAUCCGAUCGAAACAACCACAGAAAAUUCAUGCUAGAUCGAUGUAAAACCAACAGGGAGUGCUUUCAGUGUAUGAAGCCAUGUGCCAGCAACAAACAAGAGCUUAUGCACAAUAAGUGUGACAACGUCUGUGAGAACGGUGAAAAAGCGUGUGAAGAUUCCUGUGAGUUUUUGUACUACACGUACAUGUACAAAGCGGGAGACUGCCCCAAACCAGAAUCUGCCAAAGGUUUUGAGGCCGCCUGCUUAGCAUCGUGUAGAACAGACGGCGACUGCGACGACGAUAGCAAGUGUUGUCCGAAUUUGUGCGGCUACGUGUGCAGGAAACCAGACUACUCUAAAUAUAAUCUGCCGGGCGUGCCAAAAAACUUCACAUUUGAAGAGAAACGACAAGGGAGAGCACUCUAUAUCACCUGGGAUGUGCCGGAGAAAAUUGGAGCAGGCAGUGGGGUUAGGGUGUACAUUGUAGAACAGCGCAACACCACCAACCUCAAACCUGUCGGUUGGAAUGAAGACACCUACUGGGAGAUAAAGUCCAUUACUGCAGUCUCCAGCCUACUCCUGGAAAGAGUGCACGCAGGUCACUGGUACCAGUACCGGGUUGCCAUGGUAACCUCUAGCGGCACACAGGGCUACUCACCCAUAUCAGAACCAUUCAAGUCAUCUAGACGUGUUCAAAGACCAGAUUCUCCUCAGAACAUCACAGAAGGGGCCACAACUCUGCGCAAGGGUUUGGUGGAUGUCACGAUACACUGGAUGGCUCCCAAGUAUUCCGAUAUUCCAAUCUGGAAGUACUCUUUGACGUGGAGUGAGCGACUUACACAAGCCAGUCCAGUGUUAGUGAGGAUACCAGUCCUGGAGAAAACACUGCCGGGGAAUAUCCACGAAUUUAAGCUGGAUAAAUUGAAGCCCGGGACAACAUAUCACAUUCAGAUUGAGGCUCUUAUUCGCCAUGGUAACCGAGAACUGAUCAGUAACAGGGCCUCAAAGUACAUUACUACCUACUCCCCGCCAAAUAUGAAGCAAGAUGCAACCAACUUUUUCGUAACUGGUCCAUUGGCUACUUUUGUUGACGACAAAUAUAAAGACAAUGCCAAGCAGGUUUACUCCGUGUACGCAGACAUCAUCAAAGUCGGCAACCUAGAGGUGCUGGAUGGUAUUCCAUAUUUCGACAAGGGUUCAUUGAAAGCCCAACUUCAGUGGUCCGUAAGUGCAGAGUUCAGCAGCCUUGUGAAGAGUUUCCUCAUAUUCUGGUUCCCCCAAAGCUGUGAGCAUGGUUCCCCCGUGUCUCGGCAUUACUCCGCAACAUCAGAUGCGCCAAGGUUCGAGAUCUAUGACCUCCAAUACCAGUGCCAGUACGUGGUGCGGGUGAGCGGUGUUACACGUAAAGGGGUACAGAGCAAGCCUGCCGAGGUCAAACUGCGAACCCCGGUCUGUGAGCGGAUACAAGUGAAAGGGGACAGUCUGCCCCCUGAGUGCCCAAAACAGUCAGUUCUGCAGUUGCCAAAGACGCCAAGGGAGGUGAGCGCGAAGAUUCUUCACAACAACUGUAGCAUCGACAUACAGCUCCGAUGGAAACAUCCUCCGUCUGAUGCCCCCAUAGAGAACUAUGUGAUAGAAUAUGAGAUGACAGAUGGUUUCAAGGGAGUCGUGCCUCAUACUGAAGCCACUGUAUAUAAACGCAAACCUAUAGAGAUAAGGAUCACAAAGGUCCGGCAGCACACUUUACACAACCUCACCCAGGAGGAGGUGUACCUUAUCAAGCUCCGGGCCGUGUCCCGGGUGGGAGCAGGGGAACCGACCAUCGUAGAGGUGUCUCCCAGAAUUCAGCAGUGUGGAUCGGAGAAAGAUGGAGAACCGCCUGAUUUGAGGUCCACCAUUGCACCGACAACAGUAUUGAAAUCUACAGAACUUAGCUCAACAGUGGACAUUACUACUGUCUCUUUAGAAACUGUUACUAAAUAUAGAAUAUCUAAAAAUAGCACUGACGUUUAUAGGACUACGCAAUAUUCUAGUACUCAAAUAACCGUCUCAAAUGUGGUGCAUGUAGGUAUUUACAAGACAGUGUAUUAUAUGUUUUAUUUCUUUUAUAUGCUGUUUACCAAAUCCUGACACAUGUUUUUAAGUAACAAAAAUAUGUAAAUAAGUUUUAUAUAAAUCAAUGUUGAGCAUGCAAUUGAUAACAUUUUCCAUCCAUGAACUAAAGAUUCUGUCCAUGGAGAGUCCUGUAUGUAACAAGAUUACAAUUAUUGUCAAAAGUAUGCUUUGUUUUGCUCUGUCUCAGUUCAUGAGCAUUUAUUACCGUGGAGAUGUAUACAGCAAUUGUUAUCAUGCACUUUGAUAUUGUACCAUGUACAUAACUAUAUAUGUAUGUACUCCUCACAAUAACUACACAGUCACUAUGUUUGCAAUAUUUACGCAUUUCUGUGUUUGUUUUAUGUUUAUGACAUGUUAACUUUUGUGGUUUCUGUAAAUGUCAAACUAUUCUAACUCUUUUUUUUGUGUUGGAAACUGGAAUAUUUCUGUCUAGGUAUAAUUUCAAACAGUAAAAGAACUGCUUUUUAUUUUAUUCUCUUGUCCAUAAUUUAUAAAGGAAAGCAAUUUCUUGUUUGUAGUUUUUAGUUAUAGACAGUAUUUAUUGUAUAAUUUGCAUUUUAGGGCGUUCUUUAAUACUUGUGUCUGUAGUUUUGUUACAGUUAAUGCCAUAUUUUAAAAUUGCAUGCGUAGACAUUGUUCUAUUUUAUUUUAACAAAAUCUUUCCAAUGUAAAAACCGAUACAGUUUCUGAAAGUUUAAAUUUUAAUGAUACAAUAAAAUAAUACUCAUUGUACUUAUGUCAUUAACAAAGUCUUUUCUCUCUUGUUACCUUUUUCUCACAUUGCCAACAAAUUUAAACAGCAAUUAUCAUUGUUGUUCAUUUAUUUAUCAAUUAAUUGCUACUGUAUUUUGUAAAUACAAUUUGUAAAUAUUUGUGUAUACAUUGUACAUACUAACAGCAAUUCUAGUUCAAGUCUGGUUAUUUGCCAUUGUAUAAUAGACAUCAGGGAUGUGAUGUGCUAAAACUGAAAGAGUAAUGUCUCUUCAUGAAGAGUUGUCUCUCUUGAAAAUGUGCCAAAGAUAUUGCUACACACAAGUUGUUGAAGAUUUUUUUUAUUUGAUGUUCCUUUAAGGUUACACCUUGUAAUGCUUUGCCAGUUCAAUUAUGUAUGCCUUAUGCUUAGUUUACUAGAAAGUUAAUAAUUAUGAAAGUUGUAUUGUUCUCCACUAGCCAUAUGGCUACAUGUAUACUUAAUGCUAUAUAUCGCUAUGAAAUGCUCUCUAGCAAAACCAGGCUGAAUACAUGUGGGUAAACUAUUUUCUAAGAUUAGCCUGUGCAGUCCUCACACGCAAAUCAGGGAUGAAACUUUCGUCCUCACACGCAAAUCAGGGAUGAAACUUUCGUCCUCACACGCAAAUCAGGGAUGAAACUUUUGUCCUCACACGCAAAUCAGGGAUGAAACUUUCUACUUUCAUGGAUUUUGUGUAUUAAAAGAAGUAUCUUUUAACUCUUUACCACUUAUAUACAUAUUUUGACAGCCUGUGAGUUUCUUGCAGGCUGUUCUGGUUUUAUGCUGGUUGCACAAGCUAUAUUUACUUUGCUUCUGAGUAGGAAAGGGUUUAACAAAAUCUUGUGUUGUCCGUGAUUGAACUGUACGGACUACACAGGCUAAUCUUGGAGAACACUUUAUGCACAUGCAUUAACCCUUUGCAUGCUGGGAAAUUUGUCGUCUGCUAAAAUGUCGUCUGCUGAAUUUCUAAAAUUAGCGUUUUCUUCGAUUUUUUUUCAAAAAAUACUACCAGAAUAGCAAACAGUUUGGAUCCUGAUGAGACGCCACGUUCUGUGGCGUCUCAUCUGGAUCCAAAUUGUUUGCAAAGGCCUUUAAAAUUCGAUUCCCGCACUGAAAGGGUUAAGCCGGUUUCCCAGAGACUGACUCAUGUCAUAUGUAAUUAUAGCGAUUGUUUUGUAUCAAAACAUGUUUAUUAACCAAUGCAAUAGUUGCAUAUGACGGCUUAUGAAAAUAAGUUUAUCUAGAUUGUUUACAGGAGAUUACAUACCAUGUAUAUGUAAUGAUACUAGAUUCUAAUCUGCAACUACAGUGCUAAAUGUUUAUAUGGGGUGCGAUCUGUGAAAAGGGGUUAUAAUGCAUGUGCAUAAAGUGUUUUCUCAGAUUAGCCUGUGCAGCCUGAAUUUUAUGUUCAAAGGAAGACAGUUCUUGAUGAAAAUUCAGUUAAGCCAAAAAGUGUUGUCCCUGAUUAGCCUGUGCAGACUGCAUUUUAUGUUCAAAGGAAGACUGUUCUUGAUGAAAAUUCAGUGUAGCCAAAAAGUGUCAUCCCUGAUUACACUACAAUCUGGGACGACACUUUAUGCGCAUGCAUUAAACCCCUUUUUUACAGAGCAAAGCUCAUAUAAGUAAAUUUGAGACAAGAUUGGACUAUUUAAUAUGCUAUGUAUUUCUAUGUAUGAAUGGGAGCUUAACAAAAAGUACUCAUACACAAGUGUUUGCUUGAUUUUAUUGAAUGAUUAAUGUUACAUGUAUACCCAGUUUUGAAAUAUUUUCAUUUUUAUGCCCCCCUUCGAAAAAGAGGGGGUAUAUUGUUUUGCUCAUGUCGGUCCGUAUGUCCAUAUGUCUGUCCACCAGAUGGUUUCCGGAUGAUAACUCAAGAAUGCUUAUGCCUAGGAUCAUGAAUCUUCAUAGGUACAUUGAUCAUGUCUGGCAGAUGACCCCUAUUGAUUUUCAGGUCACUAGGUCAAAGGUCAAGGUCAUGGUGACCCGAAAUAGUAAAAUGGUUUCCGGAUGAUAACUCAAGAACGCUUACCUGUAUGCACAGGAUCAUGAAACUUCAUAGGUACAUUGAUCUUGACUCGCAGAUGACCCCUAUUGAUUUUCAGGUCACUAGGUCAAAGGUCAAGGUCACGGUGAACCGAAAUAGCAAAAUGGUUUCCGGAUGAUAACUCAAGAACCCUUAAGCUUAGGAUCCUGAAACUUCAUAGGUACAUUGAUCAUGACUCGCAGAAGACCCCUAUUGACUUUCAGGUCACUAGGUCAAAGGUCACGGUGACUUGACACAUUAAAAUGGUUUCCGGAUGAUAACACAAGAAAGCUUACGCCUAGGAUCAUGAAACUUCAUAGGUACAUUGAUCAUGACUCGCAGUUGACCCUUAUUGAUUUUCAGCUCACUAGGUCAAAGUUCAAGUUCACAGUGCCAAAAAACGUAUCCACAGAAUGGCUGCCAUUACAACUGACAGCCCAUAUGGGGGGGGGGCAUGCAUGUUUUACAAACAGCCUUUUUUUAAUCAUUGAGUACAAAAGUAUUAUGAGGUAUCAUUUUUCAACAUCGUGCUUUUUAACUGUUCAGCAACUUAAAACAUCAUCACAAACAUGAGUAUGUAAUUGCAACUAUAUAUAUGGGCCAGUAUCAUUUUCAUUGAUAUCAAUAAUUAGCAGAUUGUAAUUCCGUCCUGGAUAUUUUAAUUCAAUAAUUACACAUUUUUGGAGUAUAAGUAUAGGGCAUUUGUAAAUACUUCUCUUGUGUAAGAAUUCAUUGACUCUGUCCUUUCAUAUGAAGCUUCUUGUAGCUCUACGCAUAGACUGAAUGUUUAACCAUGUUAUCAUAUUAUACCUCAAUUUUAGAUUUAUCCUAUAAAAUUGCAUAUAAACUUUAUCAGGGAACAUUUUUUAUCCAAUUAUGAGAUGUGCACUGUCAAAAUAAACCCUGAGAUAAGUAAAAUUAACUUUGCUUUAUUUCAAAAUUGCGAGGAUAACGUUUUCAUGCGUGAAAUAUUGACGUCAUUUUUGGUAUUUACAAUGUACAUGACGUCCUUUGAUGUUUAACUUGUUUUUCUGGCAACUUCAGUCAUUUCUUUUGUUUGUUCACCUGAAAAUUACCAAGUUUUAUUUAGAAUUUUGUGGAGAAAAUGAUAUGAUCAAAAUAUUACAAGGUUAGUGGGAUUCAAUAACUCCAACUUACAAAAGGAUUAGGUCUUUUUAGAAAGCUUUUAUCUCGGUUUAAUACAUCGAAUAUUAUAUUUGUAGCCCUAGGCAACUGUAUUUCCUUGUUUCAUUGACAAACAUAUAAGGAUACGUCUAUAAAACAGGAUUCAUAUUUAAUAAGUGCCUUUUAAAUAACUUCCAUUAUGUAAAAUGUAACUUGAAUAAUUUUGUUAAGAUGUUAAAUAGUUUAUUUCCUGAUAUUGACAUGCUGUGCCUGUGUUCUGUCCGUCUUAUUUUUUAAAGUGAACAAAUCGUAUUGCACAUAUAUUUACAUGAAUUAGGUUGGCCACAAAUUUGUUAAAUGCUAAAGGACUGACAGGACUGCUUUUAACCCUUUGCAUGCUGGGAAAUUUGUCGUCUGCUAAAAUGUUGUCUGCUGAAUUUCUAAAAUUAGCAUUUUCUUCGAUUUUUUUCAAAGAAUAUUAUCAGAAUAGCAAACAGUUUGGAUCCUGAUGAGACGCCACGUUCUGUGGCGUCUCAUCUGGAUCCAAACUGUUUGUAAAGGCCUUCAAAAUUCGGUUCCCGCACUGAAAGGGUUAAAAAGACCUGGAUAGUCCUUAUUUUAUCUAUUGAAAGACUUACGUCAGUGUUUAGACCUCCACUGUUGUAAAAGUCUUUAUAAAACAGAAUUCAGUUCCAUCAGAUUGAUAAAAAAAAGUAUUUCAGUGUAAUUCAUCAAAUGUGAAAUGUCCGUUAUGUUUAUAUUCUUUUUUUGUUUCAUAUACCAAUAUCUACCGGUAUUUCAGUUGUAUCUCUACAAUAUGCUGUUUGGGAAGAUGUGUCUGUGUUUUUAGUAAAUGCUUUAAAAUGGAAUUGCAUUCCUAAGUAAGGUAUACAUGCAAGACUAUUAUUUCAUGCUUCAUGUAUUUUAUUCGAUAAUGUAUGUUGUUAUUUAUAUUGUCACUAUGAAUGUGAUAGAUACAGUGGAAACCCUCUAAACUGGAUCCUCUGUAAACUGGAAUUUUUGCAGGGUCCAGUUGGCCUCCAUUUUAGAGUGGUUCCACUAUUCAUAAUACAAAUCUAUACCAUUUCAUUACACUACAUGUACAUUUAAAUCUUGUUUAUUCAAUGGGUGCUAUAUUAAUGUACAUGUGUGUAAUUUAUAUAUACAUUUCAUUUUUUGUUUGUAUAUUUUUAUGUAGUUCUGUUGUCUAUACAUACAGAAAAUUUUAUUUUGUAUAUUAAAGGCCAGACUUAAUUCAGUUAUAAAGUUUAAACAUUGGUAUUAAACUUCAAUUCAGUGUGGUUUGGCCACACAAAUUAUAUAAUUAUAAUAUGUCAAGUCAUAUAAUGGCAUUAUAUAAUUAUUAUAUGAGUCUAGGUUACUAUGAUAUUGUAUUGCCAUUGUUUUGAAAACUGUAUUUUGUACUGUUAUUAUAAUG